AGAACAGUUAAGUCAGCUCCUGCACUGAUUUUCUGAGUUUGUUUAUUGUUUAAAUGGGAUGUUUGAUAAUCUCUAGACAUAAGGCUGAUGCCCAAAUUGGUUAAAAUGUUUGGCCUGGUAUUUCUCUUUAUUUUGUUAAUAAGGUUUUCCCUUGCUCUGGGGAUUAAAAUCCUUUUCUCUUUAGCCCAAUCACAUUUGUUAAGGGAGGGCCUUUAUGAAAAGGCUAUUCUUUGAGGUCUUGAAGUGGAAAUGAUUAGUUCUGAAAAUUCCUCCCUCAGUGGCAUUUGUAGCAUUUUAUAAUUAUUGAAGGCUGACUCAAUAUCUUCCCUCCAGAAUGCUAAAGAAUAAUUUAAGCAACAGUUCAGACUUUAAAAAUGAAGAUGGCUCUGUCUUUUCACAGACUGAACACAAUAUUGUUGCAACUUACUUGAUUAUGGCAGGUAUGAUAAGUAUUCUCAGCAACAUAAUAGUUCUGGGCAUCUUCAUUACGUACAAGGAACUCCGGACACCCACAAAUGCAAUUAUCAUUAACCUGGCUGUUACUGACAUAGGGGUCAGUAGCAUUGGCUAUCCCAUGUCUGCUGCUUCAGAUCUACAUGGACGUUGGAAAUUUGGGUAUGCAGGAUGCCAGAUUUAUGCUGGAUUGAAUAUCUUCUUUGGAAUGGCAAGUAUUGGAUUACUCACAGUUGUGGCCAUGGAUCGAUACCUGACCAUUUGCCAUCCUGAUGCGGGAAGAAGAAUGACCACCCACACCUACAUCAGCAUGAUUCUGGGGGCCUGGAUCAAUGGCCUCUUUUGGGCUUUGAUGCCUAUCAUAGGGUGGGCUAGUUAUGCCCCAGACCCUACUGGGGCCACCUGUACCAUAAACUGGCGGAAAAAUGAUGUAUCUUUUGUUUCUUUCACGAUGACAGUUAUUGUGAUAAAUUUUAUUGUGCCCUUGACUGUGAUGUUUUACUGCUAUUACCAUGUCACUCGAUCCAUUAAAUGUCAUGCUACCAGUAACUGCACUGAGUACCUCAACAGAGAUUGGGCAGAUCAGGUAGAUGUAACAAAGAUGUCUGUGAUAAUGAUAUUCAUGUUCCUGGUGGCGUGGUCCCCUUAUUCGAUUGUGUGCUUAUGGGCUUCUUUUGGGGACCCAAAGAAGAUUCCCCCCUCCAUGGCCAUCAUUGCUCCACUGUUUGCAAAAUCUUCUACAUUCUACAACCCCUGUAUUUAUGUGGUUGCCAACAAAAAGUUUCGGAGGGCAAUGUUUGCCAUGUUCAAAUGUCAGACUCAUCAAACUAUGACCACGAUGAGCUUUUUACCAAUGGAUGUACCUCAAACCCAUUGACUUCUGGAAGAAUCUGAAAUAAAAGGAAAGCACAAGUUAUCAAUAUACUUUGUUUACUUUUUUUGCAAUAUUUUAAUUUUACUUAAAAUAUGAAGCUAGUUAGAUCAAAUGCAGACAUAGAUUAUUAUCCUAAUAGACUGAAUUCCUUAAAUGUAGUUUAUAGUUCUGUUUGUGCAUUGGCUAUUGUAGAGAAUGCUUCUUUAUUUCUUUAUAUGUAAACUUAUUGCUCAUCUCUUUUGAUGAAUCCAGGUACAUAAUUCUCUUUUCCCUAUCUUGGCAUGUAAUACUCUGUACCGAUGGCCUGGUAUCUUGCCUGGGUCCUCCAUUAGACCAGAAGUAGCUGCUAUGUUAAUGUUAAAAAAAUAAUAAUAGUUAAUAAAUAAAUAAUAAUUAAUUAAUAAUUACUGAAAUGAGUUGUUAGCAUUUCACAAUUUUAAAAUCUUAAUGUAAUUAUUAACAUACUAUUUAACAAAAAUGAUCAGAGGACUAUUAAGUCACAUGCCAGUUAUUGCAUAUAUAUUUUAUACAGCAAUAUAAUCUCUGUGCAUGUUAUUAUAUAGUCUGCUUUUUAAUUAUCAUUUUUCUAUAUAUGAAUUUCUAUAUAUUUGCCACUAGAAUUAAGUUUAAUCAGAGUGGGGGUUUUUGUAUGUUGUUUUUUUUUUCCCUAUCUUUUUUGUUUGUUUGAAAUUUAUUUUAUUGUGGUAAGAACAUAACAUGAGCUCUACCCCCUCAACAAAUGUUUAAGUGUAUAAUACAGUAUAAGUACAAUAGUGCACAACAGAUCUCUAGAACCUAUUCACCUUGCUUAACUGAAACUUUAUGCCUGUUGAUUAGCUGUAUGUUUGUUCUUUGAUGUGUCCUGAGCAUGCACACCCGUUUUGCCUGGCACAUAGUAGGCACUCAAUAAAUAUUUGUUGACUGUUGAAUAAAUUUGUAGUCACAUAAUUGUCACUUUAAAUAACUAUUAAGCAUAGCAGGAUAAUACAUGAUUGUUUAAAUAGUGAACAUUUAAAAUCUAUAGUAUUUUGUUUUAAUUGAGCAAAUUCUUCUGACUCUAUUGUUUCUAUAUUCAUCCUAUUAGUUUUAUUUUUUAAUUAUUCAUUUUUUAUUUUUUAAAAAUAUAUUU